CAUUACCUAACAUAUACAUGUUCCAACUUCUCUUUUUUGAGUCACUAUGACCAAAGACUCUCAAUAUCUAUAUCCCAUUUUGACAUUGAAACCAAAGCUCAAGCUCAAGCCCCAGAUGAGGAGAGCACAGACUCUAAUCCAUCUUCUCUUACUAUGGCUUCUGCUUACAGCAUUUGCAUUUCAAUGCCAUACCAAGGUUCAAGCUACACGAUCAGUUGAUUUCAAGCUCAGACCUGCAAAACCCGGAUCAAGGCAGACCAAUGGACAAAUUUUCACCGCUUGGGUUGAAGGGAAGAAGAAUCAUAAAAGACCAUCUGGACCCAACCCUGUUGGAAAUGAUCGUCCCCCAACAAGGCCAUGAAUCAAUGAAUGCAAUUGUGUCACGUAAUGAGUGGAACAGAUUAUUAAAAUAUUUCUUUGGAGUUUAUGGAGGUUAGACAUAUUUGCGUAAGUUAGAAACAUCUUGUGUUUAGGGUGUUAUGUUUGUAUAAAGAUGCAAUAUAUUCGACGUUUUGAACUCUAUGACCUUUUUUAAAUAGUAAAUUAGCACAUUUGUUGGUGAAAA